CCAACGGAUUAUGUUGUGCUGUUACUCAACUACAAGACUUAGUCCCGACUUAAUUAAUUAAUUAGUUGGAUAAUUUUGGUUUUUCUUAGUUAAUUUCGGGGUUGGAAAGCUGGAGGUGUUGAUGAAACGCAGUGUUCAGUGCUAAGACUAUGACUUGGUGAUGAGUUUACUCUUUGUACAUGUUUGUGGUGUUGGUAAUUGAUAAUUGAGGAACUUCAAGCCCAGACGCAGCCUUGUUUUGUUUAUAUUUUGGUGGCAGGAUUGUGUUGUUUUGAGCCGCGUGUGACACUGGCCCCUUCCACUCGUUUUCUGGCCGCGCCAUCCAUCAUGGUAACUGACGUCAUGCGCGGUUAUUGGAACGCAGCCAGUCACGUGGUUAGUUAAUUGGGUGCUGUGGGCGUGUACCGUAGUGAGUGCGGUGGUAGGGGAACGGGAAAAAAGGAUCUCUAGUCCCCACCGAAAAGUCUACUUAUACACAACGUACGCUUUAGAGCCUGAGAAAAAUUAAUGGUCAUGAGUUCGUUUUUGAUGAACCCUGUGCCUGGCGCGGGCUACCAACAGAGCCAGCACCUUCCAGUGGUGGACCCCAAAUUUCCGCCCAGCGAGGAGUACAGCCAAAACAGUUACAUACCGUCUCCCAGCGACAACUUUUUCGGUAACCACCACUUAAACCAGCAACAGCACCACUUACAAUACGGCUACCACAAUCACCAUCAAGCCACCUCGUACGGGUCAGCAGGAGUCCCCCUUUCGAAUUCCGGCUAUGGAAGCUACGGCAACUACUAUCACCAUCAGCUUCACCACGCACCACCCAUCCACUCGCACCAAAUAAGGCCGCCCUUACAGAUCCACGACAACCAGCAGCCUUUGGUGAGCUGCGGUCCCUUGCAGAACAGCCACGCUCAAACGCCGGUCAGUAGUUCCUCGAGCAUUUUGCAGAACUUGGCGGACAUUUCGCCUAACGUAACGCAACCGAGUGAUGUGAACUCCAGUGUGUGUAGUCCAGCUAGUGUCGGUCACGGACAGGAGUCCAGAGGCUCGCCGCCCGGCUCCCACACGUUGCAGGAGCUGGGACUGAGGCUGGAAGACAACGGGUCCGACGAACAGGACGACUUGGACGACGGACAGGGUAGUUCGACUAACAACGACGAAGAUGACGACGACGACGAGAACGGCGACAGGCAAAUUUAUCCGUGGAUGCGGAAAGUGCAUGUCGCAGGAGCUUUUUCGAAUUCGCAUGAAUUAUCAUCUAAUGGCACAAAUGGAGGCUUCGCACCGGGCAUGGAACCAAAACGACAACGUACAGCUUACACCCGCCACCAAAUCCUGGAACUGGAAAAGGAGUUCCACUAUAACAGAUACCUAACCCGCCGACGAAGGAUAGAAAUCGCCCACACCCUGGUGCUGAGCGAGCGCCAGAUAAAAAUCUGGUUCCAGAACCGGCGCAUGAAAUGGAAAAAAGACAACAAGCUGCCCAACACGAAGAACGUCCGCAGGAAAACGAAUCCGGCCGGCGUGACGACGACGACCGCCUCCGCAAAAUCGGGCGGUAAGGGCCGUGGUCCGAAGUCGCAGUCGUCGAACAACAACGACAAGCGGAAGAACAACAACCGCGACAUGGACGGCCUGGGCGAGAACAUGUUGGACAUGUCGCUGAGCGGGCACCAACUGCCGCCGAACUCGCACGCGCACCCGAUGCAGACGGCGCUGCAUCACGGCGGCAUGAUGCAUCCGGAUCCGGGCAUGCACAUAGGACAGCUGACGCCGCUCUCGGCGUCGCCGGGAUGCGGACCCCUGCCCAACCCCCAGCCGGUCAUAAAGUCGGACUAUGGACUAACGGCGCUGUAAUCGCCAAUGUGUUCGUUGCUGCGGCUCAAUGUGUAGAAGAAAGUACAAUUUUUAUUAAUGAUGUGUCUGUCUGGCUCCGAUCGGGUUCGCGUCUGUGGAAGCGUCCGGCGAAGAUCUACGAAUUCAACGUAAAUUGGUUUUUUGUACUUACUGUUUUAGAACCUAAGUGAUGAAGUAAAUGUGUCAGUGCUCAGUUGAUGUUGAAACAUGUGACCUCACCUAAAAGUUUCUUAUAUUACGUUGGUAUAGAAAUUGGUUAUAUUUAAUUUGGGUUCCUUCUGUCAUCUUCUUCAACUUAAUUACUUCUUCUGGAUUGACAUUCAUCCCCCAAACUAUUAGCUGAGGUUAAAACUUAUGACUUCAUCUAAAAGUUUCUUAUAUUACAUUGGUAUAGAAAUUGGUUAUAUAUAAUUUGUGUUCCUCUUUUCCCAUCUUCUUCAGUUUAGCUGCUCCUUCUGGACUAGUUAAAGAUUUCUGACAACAAGGAAGUCAUCAUUUAGGCCUUGUUUUACUUCAAAGACUCAUUGCUUGGGUUCUAACUUCCUACCUCCGUACUUUGUUGCGUCACCACAAGAUUCGUAGAUUUUUACAAGAUGACUCCAAAGCAAAACAUCCGUAGGGUCAGUACAUAUAUAAAAAACACGCCGACAAUAUUAUGCCACGGGUACUGAUUGAUGUUCGAUGCGUCCUUAGAUUAAAUGUGGCUCCCAAAAUUGGUACCACCACAAGUCGUUGAUCUUGAAACUGAUUCAGGUGGUUCCAGUCAUCAUUUAAUCGACGCAACUCUUCAUCGUUGAUGCCUUUCAACAUAAAAUACAUGUGAAAUGGGACACUAACAAAACAAUUGUGAUUAAUGUUAUACACUAGCGAACACUUUGUUCUAGUAUAAUUCAAGUUGAAAAAUGAAAUUUUCAUGCCUAAUUUAUACACAAUGUAAUAUUCUGUAUAUUUCUUAAAAUAAUUGUUGUCUCGUUCGGUAAUUCGACUAAAAACCAUAUAAGUUCUGUGAAAUUACCCAUUGAUCGUCGGACAUUCGUGUGUCCAUAUGUGGUUUUUAGUUAAAUAAUUUUCGUGCCAUUAUUUAUAUAAGGAUUGUUUUAUUGUUACCGUUUUUUAUUUUAUUUUGUUAAAUAUUUAAUCGAAAAUACAUGUACACCCACACUGUCGGAUAAUAAAAGGAAAAACUUAAAUUCUAACCUAUACCCGUGCUUGAUUUUGUACAAUUACCAAAUAGUAGUUUUAUUUUUUAUUAUCCCCACACACUAUACUAACCACGCUCAGGGUAUAGUUUUUAUUUUUUAAUUUAUAUCGGAUUUAUGUAAAUAAAUCAUGUUUACAAUUAGAGUAAAAUAUAUAUAUUAUUUGUAAAUUUCUCGUCUUGUUUAUACAAUGCGCAUGUAUUUUUGAGGUUAUGCCCAGUGUGAUCCUAUGAGAGUAAUUUCUGUAGCUAUAGAUUGUAUAUAUUAAUAUUAGAAAUAAAUAUGUAUACUUCUAUUAAA